ACAGACUACGACUACGGCGGCGGUGGUGGCGGGAACCGUAUAGGGACGGCGUGCUCGAAGGAGGACAUCGUGAUAUACCAAGGCGCGACGGCUCCCCUGCCCAACGGGAUCCCGUCCUUCUCCGUGGAGAUACAAAACGUCGGCGUUUCGGGGUGCGGCAUCGCCGACAUCCACGUCAGCUGCGGGUGGUUCAGCUCCGCCAGGCUCGUCAACCCCACGGUGUUCCGCCGCCUUUACUACGACGACUGCCUCGUCAACAACGGCCAGCCGCUGGGCCCCACCGCCUCCCUCAACUUCGAGUACUCCAACAGCUUUCGCUACCCUCUCUCCGUCUCCUCUGUUUCUUGCUGCUGA